UUUAAGUGCCAGAGCUUGGUGUUUUCCUCCCCCUUCCUUCCUUUGGAGCCUCAGCUUUUGCAGAAACAGACUCGAGGUCUGUGAUCCGGUCUUUUCUCUCCCUACCUUCCUUCAUACACGUAUCUCCAAAACACCACGUUGAAAUAAACUGGUGAUUCAUUCUGGGUAUCGCUUGCCCAUUCCCUCCUUAUACACACAUAACGGCAUAAAGGUCAUUUGACUUUUUUCCUCGAAAGCAUCGACUUCACUUUUUGUGGCUGGCCGCAUAUCGACACUCUCAAAACAUACUAUCAGCCAUCAUGCGCUCCACCACUGUCCUCGCCGGUCUGGCGACGGUCCUUGCCCCGUUGGCUUCUGCCCACACUGUCCUCACAACUGUUUUCGUCAACGACAAGAACCAAGGAGAUGGUACUGGCGUCCGUAUGCCCAUGGAUGGCAACAUCGCCAACGCCCCCGUUAUUAACAUGAACAGCGAUGACAUGAUCUGUGGCAGAGACGGCCUCAAGAAGGUCAACUACGCCAUCCCCGCCACCGCUGGCUCCAAGAUGACCUUUGAAUUCCGCACCUACGUCGACGGCAGUAGGCCCGGCUUCAUCGACGAGUCGCACCAGGGUCCCAUUUCCGUCUACGCCAAGGCUGUCUCGGACUUUGACCAAAGCCCCGGCGGCUCCGGCUGGUUCAAGAUCUGGCAUGACGGGUACGACGAGUCCACCAAGAAGUGGGCGGUGCAGAAGGUCAUCGACACCAACGGUCUCCUCAGCAUCAGCUUGCCCACGGGGAUGCCCACGGGCGCCUACCUGUUGCGCACCGAGGUGAUCGCCAUGCAAAACGUCACCACCAAGGCCGACGGCAACUGGUACUGCGAGCCGCAGUUCUACGUCAACUGCGCCCAGGUUUACGUCCAAGGCUCCUCGUCUGGCCCUCUCUCUAUCCCCACGGACAAGGAAACCUCCAUCCCCGGCCACGUCCACCCCUCCGACAAGGGUCUCAACUUCAACAUGUACGACAUGAAGGGUCUUCUUCCCUACCAGAUCCCCGGCCCCGUGCCCUUCCGCCCUACCACUUCCUCUUCCGGCUCCAACGCAAAGGCCGCCCUUACCACGCCCACCAACUUCUCUGGCGCCGUCCCCGACAACUGCCUCCUCAAGAACGCCAACUGGUGCGGCUUCGAGGUACCCGACUACACCAACGAAGACGGAUGCUGGGCUUCUGCGGACAACUGCUGGGCCCAGAGCAAGAAGUGCUUCGAGUCUGCCCCACCCUCGGGUAUCAAGGGAUGCAAGAUCUGGGAACAGGAGAAGUGCCAGGCGCUUGCGAACUCGUGUGAUGCGAAGCAGUUCACCGGUCCCCCGAACAAGGGCAAGAGGUGGGGAGAUGUGACGGAGCAGUCGAGCGUCCAGGUCCCCGGGGUGAUGAAGGGUGCGGAUUUGGUGGACGAUCCUGUCGACACCACCAGCAAUGAAAAGGCCAACAACAACGUCGUCAGCAUCCCCGCAGCCACAGCUACUACCUUCAUCACCACCUCUUCCGCCGCUUCCAAGCCUGUCACCACUGUCCCUUCUAUCGCCAUCACCACCACCACCGCUGCUGUUGCCAUUCCUACUGAGACUGCUGCCCAAAACACACUCAUCAGGUGUGGCAGGGGUGACAAGAACCAGAGGCGGGCAAUGCACAUUAACAGGCAUAAGCGCGCGGAUUUCUAAGCAGUAGCCUGUUUUCUUUCUUUUUUCUUUCUUUGGCUGGCCGGCUGGCUGGCAUGGUUGCUUUGAUGAUCUCUUUGAUAUAGUGGGCUAGGUGGCUAGCCCCCCAAAAGCAACCUUUCGCUUCUUUACCGUCCUUUAUGAUUUGACACAGUUUAUCUUCACUUCUUCUAUCUUUUGCAUUUUGGACUAGGGAAA